CACACCGUCCCUGCAUUUCAGGCCGGGCGACCCCGCGCCCGCUCUCUUUCCCUCAAGAUGGCGCCGAAGGCAAAGAAAGAAGUCGCCGCCCCUGCCAAGACUGAGGCGAAGGCCAAGGCCUUGAAGGCCAAGAAAGCCGUCUUGAAGGGAGUUCAUAGUCACAAGCAGAAGAAAUUCCGAACGUCGCCUACCUUCAGGAGACCAAAGACGCUGAGGCUUAGAAGGCAGCCUAAGUAUCCAAAAAAGAGUGCUCCAAGGAGGAACAAAUUGGACCAUUAUGCCAUCAUUAAGUUCCCUUUGACCACCGAGUCUGCCAUGAAGAAAAUUGAGGACAACAAUACCUUGGUAUUCAUUGUUGACAUUAAAGCCAAUAAGCACCAAAUCAAACAGGCAGUCAAGAAACUGUAUGAUAUUGAUGUAGCUAAAGUCAACACUCUGAUCAGGCCUGACGGUGAGAAGAAGGCAUAUGUACGUCUGGCCCCAGAUUAUGAUGCGUUGGAUGUUGCCAAUAAGAUUGGCAUCAUCUAAACUGCUUUCCUGACGAUCUGUGCAAAUAUGGGAAUAAAAUUUUACAAUACAAA